CAAGAUGGCGACCUACCAACCAAAACAAAGCUAAAAAUAAUGUGAUUUUAGCUUGAAAUAUUUAUUUUUUAUUGAAAUAUUUAACCUUCUCUUAUGCUAGAAUGAAUUCACUUUGGUCAAAGGAAAACAUGGGUUCAGAAAACGGCCGAAAUGGGUCUGGCCGCCUAAAUCCAGUUCAGCUUGCCUUUGAGCAAGAGUUGACAAGGUUUGUCAAAUACAUGAACAGAAAAGCUGAACUUGGUCCCAGAUGGAAGAAACCUGACGAAGAGGCGUAUGCUAGGGGCUCCAAUACUUUAUUCAAUCUAUGGAAUAAUUAUGAAUCAAGACUGCAGCAGGAUUACUAUAUACAAAAGAUGAUUGCCACUGGAGACUUUCUUUUCAAUAUCAAGGAAUACAAGAUAGCCCAGUAUCAUUGCUAUGGAAGAUUUCUUAGCAGUGUCAGAGGAUCAGAUAAUGCACUAGAUUCAUGUGCAGAUAAAGACAUGAAUGUUUUUAACAAAAUUUAUCUACCCAAUGGACUUGAUGACCCAAUGKCUAUCACUGUGAUAAGAGCAUUGCUAGGUGAAGCCAUUUGUUCUUUUCAUGUGAAGAUUUCUGAUGAUCUAAACAUCAAGAAUCCGCAAACCAUUACUGAGUGCCUUAGAACACUAAAAAUCCUGAGAUUGAUUACACAGACAGCCUUGCAUAGGGAAUCAUUCUGUUGGCUAGUUUUCAAUGGUACAGUUCAUAUCUAUACAGCAUGCAGGCACCUCAUGUCCCUAGGUUACAGUAGUAAGGUUUUGGAGUUUGUUCUGUGGGCUUGUAUGUGUAUGGAGUCAUCAGUACCCCUGAUGACAGCCAGAUACCUCGCUUGGCGUUGUACUCUCUACACUGCAGUCUGUCAGUGCUACUACGACAUGAAGGCCACCACACAAGCUGAGAGCUUUGCAAGAAGGGGAUUGAAUAAGGUUAAUGAACUGGAAGAGAUUGAGAAAAUCAGCACCUCGGAACCCUCACCGAUGUCGGCCAUGACUUUCCGUGAAGCUAGGACCAAAAUGCAGAUCAUGGUUUUUAAAAGGGUGGUGUUUGAGACCAGGAAGAGACCAAAGGGCUUGUUACGGCCAAAAACUAAACCUAAUCUAAAGGAUAGCAUCAACCAACCGUGGCCCAGAACCCAAACAGAACGUGUACUAACAGACCUGUUCCAGUUUAGCACCUCGGCUCAGUUUCUUGCGAUACUUGAAGCACUGAGCGAACCGCGCCGACGAACGAUACAUUGUGAAGCACCACCCCCGGAUGCAGAAGACACGGUGACGGAUGUUUGCUYAGAGCUGUUCUUUGCGGGGAUGGAGCUGAUUGCCGGUGGUGGCGGUGCUAAACAUCAACAUGCGAUGAAACAUGAGAGUGAUAUACAUCCAUCUGUGAUAGAUUUGGGUUAUCGUGGUCUGAUGGGGUUUAUACGUGAAGGAUCUAGUGGUAUCUCAUUACAGGCCGUCAUCAAGUUGGUCAAGCUGGCGUUUAGCUACGAGCAGUGGGAAAGCUUCAACAUACUUGUAUCACCAGCCCUAGAGUUACUAAGAGACCAGGAAGCCACUACUAGUCUACUGGAUAUCAAGACUCUAGAGCUGAUGAUAGCCUUGGAACCAUUCUACAGUAGCAUCAAGAAACCUAAGAAAACAGCCAGUUAUAAUGCUGCCGAUGAAGCUGCAGAUGUACAGGCACAUGCCCAAGCCAAGAACACAUCAUUGGUGGAUGAUCUGCUACAGCUAGCUGAUGUACUGCAUUCCUGUUCACUGGAACCUUACAAGUCCAUCAUUGGCCACAUGGACAUGGAUAUGAUCAUAGAUGCAGCCUUGUUCCUGUGGUCUAAAUGCAAAGUUCAGUUCCAGCGAGUUGUGUCAUCGUCUAUGGAGGGCUGUAAAUACGUUCUAAACGAUUCACAGUCCAGCAAGUGGAUGUACCUGAUAACCGUGGUACACACAGCUCUUUCUUGGAGUGAUGCAUGUACCUUUGAUCCCAUCCUGUUCUCUGAGGUGGCACUCAAAUUAGCCCUUGUACUUGAGUGCAAAGCUAAUCUGAACGAACAUMAGCCCAGAGCUGAUAGUGGUGAGCUGGAGUCGCCCAAUCCAGGAGCGCAAUCUCAAACAGACAAAAAGCAAGACAGCAGCAAAAAGAAAGUCCUAGAAUCUGAUAACGCAGAAAAGGUUGAGCGAUGUCAGACCGCUUCAUCAGAGUCCAGCAAGUAUUCAUCUAUACUUGGUUUGACUAACGAAGGGUAUAGUCAUGGAGUUCGAGGGUUGCUAGCCAAGGCAUGUGAUGUGUUAAAUCAAGGGUUCCAAGGUAUUGGUAGAGCAAGAGAUGCCUUUGCGCAGGCUAAUGGUAAAGAUAUCGUUGAUCCAGGUUCUGUCAASGGUUCAAUUACAAAUGAUGAACAGGAUUCCAAAGAAGAUGACAGUAACAGGUUAGAGAACAUGGUGAAGGCGUUACACAUGGAGCUAUUGUUUGUACAUCAGCGAGUAGCUGUCAAACACGCAUCGUUAGGGCAAGAUCCAGAAUCAAGACGCUCUUCUCAGAAGAAAACCAAGUUUGACAAGUCAAGUACCACCUCUACUCAGCAGCUCAGUGACRUCGAGAGCGAGAUUAUUGCCUCAUGUGAUAAGAACCCUUUAUCAAAGGCUUUAGUAUUGAUGCAAAAGGCUGGGUGUGCUGUUACACUUAAAGGAAUGUCUGGAACAGAAGAACAAACACAGCUCUUGAAGGAAAGCAUGGAGUUGAUACAGAAGGCCCAGCAGCAGGAUCGUAAACUAUUAUCCUGGAACAGACCGGGCAAGGAAUCAACAGUUGUAGCAAGUGACGUACCUCCACCCCCUCAGUUGGUUUAUCGCAGUCCCACCAUGAUGAUUUUCAAGCCAGCACAAUUUGAACCCAGCAAUGAUAAGGUGGCGUGGUAUCGGCUMUUUGCCAGGUCAGCCAGUGGUAAUAACAUCAAAGUCAGAUUAAACGAUUACCAGCUGCCUGGAACAGGAGAAGAGACUCCCGCAACCAGCGACUGCGCAUUGAUGGUUAAAGGACUAAAACCAAACCAAAGAUACGUAUUCGCUAUAGCAGCCUACAACACGAAGGGUCAAAUAAUCGGUAAGACUAUUGGUUCUACAAGUCGUCCAGUACUGGCUGCGCAUUCCCUACCAACACUGAUGGCCUGGGGAUAUCUAGCACAGAUUGCAUACACUGCUGGCAUCCCAUCUGUAGCUAAAUCAGCAUGUUCUGUGUUGUGGAAUCAUUUUGUUACCGACCCCAAACCAUCUGAAGAGGAGAAGAGAAUCGAGAAAACAGGACAGGAUUUGGUGAUUAGGCUCAAAGUAUUGGAUGAGGACAAGCUUCAACGAUCAUCGUCAGUAUUGAUUCGUCUGUUUCUACAGUCAGUUUUCAUCUCCGUUGACCUCAGCGUCAGGGAAAAUUGUCUGUAUUGUAACUCGUUAUGUGACAAUGGUCCUCUCUACAAUGGUCAGGUUGCUCGCUUACAUGAGUGCGAGAGACUUCUGCUGGCCAUUCAAGUAGCAGGCUGGCUUAACGACACGGCGAUGUGCCUACAAGCUAUAGUCCAGUGUUAUGGACUAUUGGCCCCCAUGGUGCAACAACAGAUACCGGCUAAACCGGUCAUACAGAUCUUGCUUCGUUGUCACGCGGUGCUGCAAGAGGUCCCAUCACUCACUCGUCAUCGUCGGCAAACCUCUGCAACAGAAAGCCUGUCACAUAUGAUUGCAACUAUGACGUAUUUUAUUGCUAAGACCUUAUACAACUGGGGUGAGAAGGCCCUGAGUGGUGCCAUAGUCGAACUGGGCAAGAAAAUGCUUCACCUUGAAACAGCACCUGACAGUGCUAACACCAUGACGUCAAUGCACGCAGCUGCUGCCAUAGCAACCGCCAACACAGUGGGGCAACCACCCCCCAAGAAUAAGAAGAAACUGAAACCCAAACUGAAAGGAGGAAAAGGGAAAGGWUUGGACAAGGAUUUAAACUCUAGUCAUGAUGGUCAGAAUGAGGAACUGAAGUCUUUGGAGGCWUAUAUAACUAAGCUGAGCCAGAAAGCGUUGCAUCGCGAAGAUGAUGAGUUGAGUGGAUCGGAAGAUCCAAACAUCCUGCAUUCAUACGUAGCCAGUUUACCAGCAGCCGAAGCAUACAGAGAAGUUCUUAAGUUCAAGCGUCGUACUCGAUUUCUUGAGUUCGUUGUUCAAGUGGUGGGUAAAGCGAUUGAUGAAGGACACAUUGAGACAAGUUUGGAAUGGUCUAAUGAUGCUAUGACUUGGAUCAUCAGGAGAAACGAAAUGGUCCUGGCCAACAAACCCACAGUAGUACGCAUGGCCCCAACCGUUCAAGAAGACGAGAAAAUAAAACGAUUUGCCACUGCUAUUGUAGAAUUUGGAAAGAGCACAAGGAAAGGUGAUGAACUUGAUCCAGACGAAGUGCGCGUACGAACUAAACUAGAAACAGCCAGACCACCUCAGUCCAAACCAAAGUCACUGCUAAUGUCCCUGAGGAGGACGGGCAAGUUAAAGGGUAAAACAGAAGAAGAUAUUACGGUCCACAUGGCUGCAGAAAGGCUACARAAUGUCUUGCCAGAUUAUUGGAGAUCUUGUAACAGACGAAAGAAGCUGAGGUCCGUMAGUAAAGAAGAACUACCGUGGAAAGUCCAGCUUAAUAUGAUGACUUCUGGUUGCAAUCUCGAGGUUUUCUUGGAGAAGAUUGAUGCUUCUGGAAGCGACAAGGAGAACGCAGUUUAUGGACCGUCCCAAAUGGAUCCUGAUUGGUUUAGCUUCUCUACAUGUGGUAUCCUCAUCAUAUCGUGGGCUGGUACGUCACAUCGCGAUUCUCCUGACCAGACCAUGGGGUUUAGUGGAUCAGUCAUGGAGAUUCCUCCCUAUGCUUCACCAGCGGUGACCACAACACAAACUGCGCGCACGCAGCGUGCAUCACAAGCUCUAACACAAGCAGAUGUUGGAAGGUCUGGAAGUCGUGUAACUGCUGUAACUACCAGCGACAAGGAGGGUGGAACAACUCAUAAAUCUCCACUUGUCUACUUAGGGAAUGCAUUUUCCAACCUUACUCGCGCURUCGUCCUGGCUCAUCGUGGUAAAUACUGGACUAUGUUACAAAACGCCUGUCGUCGCCUGUGGAACACGACCCAAGCCGUCUUGAUCCGAGUAGUAGCAGGAAUUCURAGACUAACUGAUGAUCCACAGGGGGAGGUUAAGGCAGAUAUUGACAUCCUGAGGGGGGCCCUGUGGAAGCCAUUUUACACUGCAGUGGAUUGCUUGAUGGACAUGAUCGUACAUCUGCAAGGGGAUAUUAAACUGGACAAUGAACAAAAUAAAAAGCACGACAAGGUCAAGAAAGGUGAUGUUGAGAUAACCCAAGAUUCAGGGCUGAUGGCAGGUAUAGAGGAAGAGAAGGGCGGCUCCAGCCUUCGCUUUGAGAUCCCAUUGGAUAACAACACCACACUGGACAUGCGUUGGGUCAAGAGGCUUGUACUUUACGCUGCUGAAAUGAUGUUCUAUGAAGGCAAAUSGGAGCGAGUUGUUGAUAUUAUAUUGCGGUUUAACGCAUUGUCAAGGAGUCGCUACGCUGAAUCUGUACUUCCCAUGCUAAUCGUAGCUCAACGGAAACUCGCCGAUCGAAUCAAAGAGCAUGAUGGACCUUCGGCAAGCCAGCCAGUCAUCAAGGUAUCCAAGGAAACGGGCGUGGCUGAGGAAAUCGUUAUARUUCCUGCUGAGUACGAAGCGAUUGAGCCUGCGGUCCAUCUGGAUCCUAUUGGACAUGAUGUGUACAGCGGCAGUACGGAGGCGUUGCGUCUUAUCUCGGUGCCUAUAGAUAUUAAUGAGAGUCUGAGCAAUCUACAUGAGGCAUUAGACAUCAAGCACCAUACAGCAAGGGUACUUGAGCACAGCAGACAACUGCUGUUGUGUUAUCUCGCAGGACAACAGAAAGGUUCUGGUGGCAGCCAUCAUCUUUUACGUCGUGGAUCAUCACGUGUUGGUUUUGUACCCACCCAGGUCAAACCACCAACAGAUGUGCCUACUGAUCUGACAGACCAGGCGUAUGAAUCAGUAGAGGACAUCACUACAUACACACUACAGCCAUCACAGCUAGCUGUGGUGAUCUCUUCAUAUGAUAAGACCAUCGAAAUGCUUCAAAGUCGACAGCAGCGUGGUCUUGCAGCUCAAGCYAUGCAUGAACUUGGAAGCAUCAUGUUCCAUAGUGGGAAUAUCAGAAUGGCGUACAAGUGGUGGGCUGAAGCCUUAGACAACAUUCUCAACACAUCUGAUUCGCUGAAGAAUUGGAGAGAUAUUGCUUCUGCUCAAGGUCAAGACAUCAGUCCUUCUGAGGUGUUCCUACAAAGAUGUGGCAUCUGGGGCUGUUUGUUGGCUGCUUUACUUGCUUCUAACAUCGCUCAGUAUGUUCAUACAUCUAACCUUGGUCUUCGCCAAGAGUGCUGUCUACUCUCUGCCACACUUUUUAAGGCUCUAUUCCACACCUCCUUACCCCACCCCACAGCAGACAAAGACUACGCCUUGUAUGACGUCGGUUCCGGGUUUGAGGUCAAGGAACUUCUUCCAGGAGUUGAUCUCCUAUCAGACGUGUUUCGAAGUGAUGGACGGUCUGUGGUGGCUGCUCUGACUUGGGUGACUGAGGAACUUGCGCGUUCUAGGCACUAUUUAAAAGUUCUCCCAUUAAUCACCUUGUGUCUAUACUUUACCAGUUACGUGUGCAGAGACGUGCAACGCACAGUGGAUAUUCGUAUACUUAGGGCACGUGUGCUGACAGACCUAGGAUUAUAUUCACAAGCCAUUACAGUACUGUCUGAUCUACUGCACGGCGAACGACUACCUCGAGCAGGCCAUGAUGGUCUUAGAUCUGUUGAGACCAAAAAUAAGAAAACCAAAACCACCUAUGCUAAUAACAAACCGCUCACCGAUGCAAGCAACCUAGAGGUUAUGAACGACCUACUUGAGUAUCGUCUGCCCCCACAACUUGCAAAAUUAUAUGGACCACAACUGUCCAGUCGCUUGAAGAUAGCCUAUGUGCAUUUGUUGAUCACCAUGGCAACGUCUAUCUAUGCUAUUCCUUUAAAUAUGCGAGAAGAGUUGGAUCGGUUUUAUGUCGAGRAAGCAGAAGCAGAUGCCGAAGCCGAAGAAAAUGCGCAGAUUGCUCUCGGAGCUGCUCCCCCGUUACUUCAACUUGGCAAGAAACUCGGAAARCCAAAGAAAUCUGACGACACCUUAACUGUUAAGAGCCCCACACUACUUCCAUCGAAGAGGAUUAUUGAAGCYGAUGCCAGUCCUGAAGCUUAUAAGGGUUUUCUGUUGAGUGUAGCUGAGCUUAUCCUGGAAGAAGUCUUCGAAGCUGUCAAAGAAGUCGACGAGAUGGAACUAGAACAUGAUGCCUUCAACGUGUCACCAUCAGAUCUGGAGAUUCUUGUCCUUGCAAGACUUGAGUUAUCUGGGAUCUCUAUUCAGCGAUACCACGCGGUCACAGCAGGUUCUCUUGUGUACUCUGCUAUGAGAUCAUUAGAAGAUGCCGCUGUGCUGAACGAGUUGGACACUGAUAAGCGGUCCCCAUCCAUGUUCAACGCCAGUCCCUUACGUUCCAUCUCCCCGACCGCCACCAUCGAUCACUUCCUCACGUCAAAAGCCCGCAGCCGUCUAGACGCUYGUCUCUGGUUAACCUGCCGUCUAGCAUUAGCAAAGAGCCUCAUUGAAGAAGACAGUGGUAUGGGAAAACUUGGGGGUACCGCUAGAAGCAUCACUGCUCGUAUAGGAUCUUGUGAACAUCACUGUAAACAAGGGGUUGAAGAGGCAGAAGCUUUUGGUGACGUAGAGAUGGCAGCAGAGUUUGGCCUGCUUGACUUUGUAUGUAGUCUACAGAAUGGAAAGAUCUCUGAUGCAUUAGUUAGCAAGUUAGAGGAGAUAAUAGUUCGUUUGGAGCGAUGUCAAACCCUGUCCCAUUCUGGUGAACUUCUGCUAAUGUUGGCUGUGACUCAGUACGUUGAUAUCAACAAACAAGGCAGCUACGCUAAAGACUUGACMCAUCUGCGAGAUCCUGUUAUAGCCUAUCAGCAAGCAGCUAGUAUUCUUAUUAAACAGCUAAUCAAUCUUGGAGAGUCUAUUGACCGCARACUAAAAUCCCCCGUUCUGCCUCUACAAAAUAUCUAUCUACAACAGAUCAACUGGCUGGUCGAGAUUAAACUUCGACUGGGACGUGGGUUAUCACGUGGUACCCUAGAUCAGAAUWGUAAUAUGUCACAUAGAUGGAGUGACGCCGUGAGAGAACUAAAACUAGCUCUUGAACUAGUGCGCAUGUCUGCUUACCGACGGAAACCCAUUGGAGCACACAUACUGUUCAGUAUUGGCCAAGUACAGAGGCGGAUGUUCAAUGCUGGUUUGAUAUCACCGCGAAUUGCAGCCAACUCCUUUAUUGAAGCGAUCCAAUACACAUUUCUAUCAGACCAUGAUCUUGGACUGAUGAAGCAGGCUUACAUGGAGGUCGCCACAAUAUACUUGGAAAGUGUUAAGCAAACAACGUCUGCUCCCCCGACUCCUGAUCUACGAAAAGAAGUCAAGUCAGCCAAGGCUGAGAAAAAAGAAGCUAAAACCAAGUCUAAGAAGGGUAAAGAAGGCAAAGARGUCCUCAAAGAAUCCGAAAAAGAAAAACGAGCUGUCUGGUCAGCGGUACGAGCUGCAGCGCUUGUGUCAAUGGCGCAACACCGCUGUGGACUAUUGACCGGUGAUCCAGAAAUUACAGCGUUGAAAAUGAAGAAAUYGGGUGAGUCGUUACCAAGCUUCGCGCUGUUUGAUCUUCUGGGUACUGAUGACGUGGUACCUAGUGCCAGUUCACUUGUCGGUAAAGACGGUCAAGUCACGCUCGGGACCGAAGUCAGUGGCACRAACACUGUCAAAAUGACCUGGAUUCAGAUGCUCGGGUAUCUAUCGAUGCUUCGUCGGCAGUGUUCGUACAAAGCCCUCGGAGUGGGCACGGAAGAUUUGAAUCCUUUGGCCAUAGCACCGCUGUUUAGUGGUAGAAAGACGCAAAAGCUUUCUUUGGUUCAUGGAUUCUUAAGGAGUGAGCUUGGACCAUAUGCAGAGGAAUGCUGUGGGGUCUAUCCUAUUGAUGGUCUAACAUUACCAGUUUUACCGGUUUUACCGGUUAUUAUUCAGACGCUCGUUACUCAGCCGACUGAAGCAGAGAUGCCACGAACUCCGACAGAAAAGGCCGAAGAUCCCUACAAGUACUUUGCUGUAGUCCAGGGAAUGUCUCCUUCCAGUGCAAGAGACCUCGAGGUGUCUGUCUAUUGGGGUCAGUUACCAGUAGACACCCAGACACCUCAAGAUACCAAGGACAGCAGUCAAAGUCAAGGGUGGGUCUUCAUGUACGGUAUGAACACCAAGGCAUUCAACAUGGCGUCCAAUGCAGGGACCAAUAAUCUGAAGAUUGGGUUGCGGUACUUACCCAUAGCAGAUGUGCAGGCUUUACAUGAAGGGCUAAUGAGCACGUUAGAGCUGGCUGAGAGUGAGUUACAACCAGCUCCUCAAGCAAACAUCGCAGGUCGUCAAAGCAGAACAGAGUUAAGCGUUCCUGCGUCGCAAGACCCCAAAAGCCCCCAGUCUGUGGCUCCUGCUCGUAAGAAGCGUACGGUGGGGAUACGUGCUUUGUCAGCCAAGCAAAGAAGAGAAGAUGUCAUACGAAACAAGCUAAAGGAGCAUCUAGAACAGAUCUAUUCUAUCAUGAAAACACCUGAAGAUGUUGCUUCUAAGGACGUUCCUUUUGAGGUCACCCUACAGAACAUAGCAUGUCUAGAAGCCAUCUUUGAUCCAUGUCGAGGGUACACAGCCAAGGCAUCUGAAGCCUUUUUCAAUUGGUUAAUCACUAUUUUCAAGGGAUAYUAGAUCCACCUUCUUUCGUUUGACACAUAAUUUUGUAAUUUACGAAGUGYAUUUUUUUUACUCCUUUGGUAUUUUGGAGAUGCUUUAUUCUUUUUUMUUGCGUGAAAAAAUUGCCAAUUUGCAAAAUAAA